UCAUGGAGGACUGCAACGUGCACUCAGCUGCCAGCAUUCUGGCCUCAGUGAAGGAGCAGGAGGCCCGCUUUGAGCAGCUGACACGGGCACUGGAGCAGGAGCGGCGCCAUGUUGCCCUGCAACUGGAGCGUGCCCAGCAGCCUGGUGUGGGCAGUGGUGGCGUUGGCAGUGGGCAGUCCCUGCCAAUGGCCUGGCAACAGCUGGUCCUGCAGGAGCAGAGCCCAGGCAGCCAGGCCUCACUGGCCACCAUGCCAGAGGCGCCUGAGGUGCUGGAGGAGACAGUGACAGUGGAGGAGGACCCUGGCACACCCACUUCCCAUGUGUCCAUCGUUACCUCCGAAGAUGGCACCACCCGGCGCACUGAGACCAAGGUCACCAAGAUGGUCAAGACAGUGACCACGCGGACAGUACGCCAGGUGCCUCUGGGCCCGGAUGGACUCCCCCUGCUGGAUGGUGGCCCCCCGCUAGGUCCUUUUGCUGAUGGCCCCCUUGACCGGCAUUUCCUACUGCGUGGUGGUGGCCCAGUGGCUACUCUUUCCCGAGCCUACCUCAGCAGCGGAGGUGGCUUCUCUGAUGGCCCCGAGCCCCGGGAAGGCCCCAGCUAUGGCAGCCUGUCUCGAGGGCUGGGUGUGCGGACCCCACGUGCUGGACCCCUUGGCCCAGGCCCUGGUGAUGGCUGCUUCACGCUGCCUGGCCGACGCGAGCCCUUCCCAGUGGGCCCUGAGCCUGGGCCGCCGGGUGGCCGCUCCCUGCCAGAGCGCUUCCAGGCAGAGCCGUAUGGCUUGGAGGAUGACACACGCAGCCUGGCCGCCGAUGAUGAGGGUGGUCCCGAGCUGGAGCCUGAUUACAGCACGGCCACGUGGAGAAGGCCCGAGUGUGGGCGGGGCCUUCGUGCCAGGGCCUAUGAGGAUGCGGCAGAUGAUGCCGGUGAGCUGAUGGACGAGCGGCCUAUGUUUCCGGCAGCAACAGCACCCCUAGCCCAGCCUGAGCGGGGCAGCCUAGGCAGCCUGGACCGGCUGGUGCGGCGCUCACCCUCAGUGGACAGCGCCCGCAAGGAGCCUCGCUGGCGGGACCCUGAGCUGCCUGAGGUGCUGGCCAUGCUGCGGCACCCUGUGGACCCUGUGAAGGCCAAUGCGGCUGCCUACCUGCAGCACCUGUGCUUUGAGAAUGAGGGUGUCAAGCGGCGUGUGCGGCAGCUGCGGGGGCUACCGCUGCUCGUGGCCCUACUGGACCACCCUCGGGCUGAGGUGCGGCGCCGGGCCUGCGGGGCACUGCGCAACCUCUCCUAUGGCCGGGACACUGACAACAAGGCCGCCAUCCGGGACUGUGGUGGGGUGCCUGCCCUGGUGCGCCUGCUGCGUGCUGCCCGGGACAGUGAGGUCCGUGAGCUCGUCACUGGCACACUCUGGAACCUGUCAUCCUACGAGCCCCUGAAGAUGGUCAUCAUCGACCACGGCCUACAGACGCUGACCCACGAGAUCAUUGUGCCCCACUCAGGUUGGGAGCGCGAGCCCAAUGAGGACUCCAAACCGCGGGAUGCUGAGUGGACAACUGUCUUCAAGAACACGUCGGGCUGCCUGAGAAACGUGAGCUCAGAUGGUGCUGAGGCCAGGCGGCGCCUCCGGGAGUGUGAAGGGCUGGUGGAUGCGCUCCUGCAUGCUCUGCAGUCGGCGGUGGGCAGGAAGGAUACGGACAACAAGUCAGUGGAGAAUUGCGUGUGCAUCAUGCGGAACCUGUCCUACCAUGUGCACAAGGAGGUGCCUGGAGCCGACAGGUACCAGGAAGCUGAGGCUGGGCCCCCCGACAAUGCUGCAGGCUCCCAGCGCCGGAGGCGGGAUGAUGCCAGCUGUUUUGGUGGCAAGAAGGCCAAAGAGGAGUGGUUUCAUCAAGGGAAGAAGGAUGGUGACAUGGACCGGAACUUUGACACGCUGGACCUGCCCAAGCGAACUGAGGCCGCCAAAGGCUUUGAGCUGCUGUACCAGCCUGAGGUAGUGCGUCUCUACCUCUCCCUCCUCACCGAGAGCCGGAACUUCAACACCCUGGAGGCCGCCGCCGGCGCCCUGCAGAACCUCAGCGCUGGCAACUGGAUGUGGGCCACAUACAUUCGUGCCAUGGUGCGCAAGGAGCGCGGACUGCCAGUGCUGGUGGAGCUACUGCAGUCUGAGACCGACAAGGUGGUGCGCGCUGUUGCCAUCGCCCUGCGUAAUCUCUCGCUGGACCGGCGCAACAAGGACCUCAUCGGGAGCUACGCCAUGGCUGAGCUGGUACGGAAUGUGCGCAGCACACAGGCUACAGUGCGGCCCAGCGUCCAUCUGGAGGAGGACACAGUAGUGGCUGUGCUCAACACCAUCCACGAGAUCGUGUCUGACAGCCUGGAUAAUGCGCGCUCGCUCCUGCAGGCCCAUGGUGUGCCUGCACUUGUGGCCCUUGUGGCCUCCAGCCAGUCUGUACGCGAAGCAAAGGCAGCAUCGCACGUGCUGCAGACAGUGUGGAGCUACAAGGAGCUGCGUGGGGCCCUGCAGAGGGAUGGGUGGACCAAGGCACGCCUUCAGUCAGCGGCUGCUGCUGCCAAGGGGCCCAAGGGAGCACCGAGUCCUGGGGGCUUCGAUGACAGCACGCUGCCACUGGUGGACAAGAGCCUGGAUGGUGAGAAAACAGGCAGCAGGGAUGUAAUCCCCAUGGAUGCACUGGGCCCAGAUGAAUAUUCCACAGUGGACCGGAGGGAGCGGCGGGCAAGGGGUAGCACCUCUGCAGGGGAGGCCUCUGAGAAAGAACCAUUGAAACUCGACCCUGGCAGGAAGGCCCCUCUACUCGGGCCCAGCAGGCCUGCAGUCAGGCUGGUGGACGCCGUGGGGGACGCUAAGCCUCAGCCCGUUGACUCCUGGGUCUAGCUUGCAUGCCUGGGCCCGGGCCCAGCCGCUUGUUCUUAGGGACUGGACCACUGGAGCAGGCUAUCCUGAGCAGGCCCUGCGUGGAGCCUGGAGCCCCCUGGCGGUGGGGGCUGGCAGCACCUUGCCCUUUGUAGCCGCCCUCCCUCCCACCCUGGCUGGCUUUCCCCACCUAACUCCCUAGGCUGAGUUAGCUGUUUACUGACAUGGUGCUGUGCGUGAGCCAGUGAGAGCAGGCUGGAGGCCGAAGGGCAGCUGGGGUGGGGCUGGGAGGUGGCAGGGGAAGCACCUGACUGUGCUAUGGGGCAGGAUAGGAGUGUGCCCAUACACUGCCCAAGAGAAGACAGACCUGUGCUGGGGCCCUGAGACAGCCAGGCAGGGAGGGGCUGGGGGAGAAGCUGGACUCUGGAGGGUGGAGGGGCUCCCCAGGCCAUCCUGCUGCAGUAGACCAUGUGUGGGGCUGCUCCACGAGGCCUUGGCCAUAGGGAAGCUUUGGGGGCAACAGGACAGGGGUCAGGCUGCCCAUGCCCCCUCCUGCCCUUGGAGUCCUGCAGACUCGUGGCCCCAAGCAGUGGAGCCCUUCCCCAGCUGACUGUGGCCAGGCCCCCUGACUGCCUGGAGCCCAAGUAGCAUCUCUGGGGCUGACCUUCUGUGGAGGAUAGGGGACUGCUGUUCAGUGCCUGCUGUUUGUAACUUUAAAACAGAAGAGAAACACUGACAAAAAGCAUUGAAAACAAAGCCAAAAUAAGACUGUAUUGGUAUACAUCUAAAUUUUUGUACGAAAAUUUAAAAAUUAAAAACAUCAGCAAAGGAA